AUGCCCCUCCCUGCCGCAGAUGCCCUGCUGUUCUGCCCUACACGCGAAGAAAUCCGUCGACGCAUUGGCGAGAUCGAGGCCGGGGUCGUCGAGAAGCGGGGUGCGAGUGGGCUGACAACCGCUCUGGAGGAGGGAAUGCGGAGACUCUACACGGACUGGAACAGUACGCUCUCCAUCAACCGCCUUCCGACCGAGAUCCUCCUCCGCCUGUUUGCCGCCUGCUUCCAGCCCGCGCGCCCCGUGUCCGACGAACUGCCCAAACGGACGCACAGACGGCGCAAGCUGCUCCUCCUCGUCUGCCGCAAGUGGCGCGAUCUCAUCGAGGCCACACCCACGCUCUGGUCGUUCAUCACCCCUCACAUGCCCCCGCACCUCUACACACUCGUCUUGUCGCUUGCCAGAGAGGUUAACGUGGAUAUCUCAUUCCAGCGCGAACCUAGGUCUCUAUGGAUAGGAUCCAUUUCCCCCGACCUCGCACCCCUCCCCCUCCCCCAGGAAGACAUGCAACAGCUCAAUGACACUGCAGACUCGGAAGAUGAUGGAGUCUCGGGCAAGGGCGAGGACGAGGGCGACUUCACUCACAACCUUUCCUCGGAGCUACCAUGGAUUGUCGAAGAUGACGAUUCAUAUUCAGCCUUGUGGUCGGAAGCCGCUGGGAUGGCCAUCGCUGCGGAGUCGUGCAGGACGAGCGCUCUUGUUCUUUCGGAUGACGACGUUCGCCGCUGCUAUUCCCUGCCAUUUCUCGAAACAAUUUUCCGUGACAGAGCAUGGCCCACUCUCGAAGAGCUCUGUAUCGACUUCAUCAUGAUUGAGACCCUUGACUCGGUCUCCAGCAUUCUCUGUCUCACCCGGGCGUGCUUCCCGAGACUCCGACAUCUCGAGCUCGAAGGCAUGAUCCUGCCCAUCGAGCCGACGCUCUUCCCUCUCCUCAGGUCGCUUCGCCUCAGUGGUCCUACAAUGCAGUGGCCACCUCUCGAGGAUCUCCUCAUCUGUCUUUCUUCGGCUCGUUAUCUUGAGGAUCUGUCCCUUUCCCCGGACAGAGGUGGAUGGACCGAGGAGGCGUUGCGAGUACCCCACUAUCCACCACCCACAUCCCCAGUCCGUCUUCCGUUGGAGCUGCCCCAUCUGCGCUUCCUGUGCCUACAAUCCAACAAUAACGACGACCUGAUACCGCUUCUUCGUGCCCUUCCUCUCGUCAGGCCAAUCACUCUUGAUUUCCUCUGCAUCUCGAACGAAGACUGGCGUCAAGUUACCCGGCCAAACCCCGAAUCCGGCCGCAGUCUGAGCAUCCUCGACGCCUUCUUCCCGACCCGCGCGCCGGACGAAAUGCCGUUACCGAUCCCCCCUUCGGUACGAAAGUUAGAAUCUUGUGUCUCCAAAUUCACGGGGUCCUCCGUGAACGACCGCGACGGCGGAACGCUCGGAAGAACCAGGCUGUUCUCUUGGAGUGCCGCUCCAUACGGUGAGGAUGAUAGUGAUGAUGGCAACAACAUCAACAUCGAGAACAGCUACGGUUUAUCCAACGCCAUCGACGAUGUCCUCACGCUCUUCCGGCACAUCCCCCUCACCCAGCUUAACUUGGUCAUCUUCGAGUCGGUGCACCUCGCGGACGGCCGGUGGGACGAGAUCUUCGGCACAUUCCCUGCGCUCGAAUACCUUCACCUCUCUGGAGGGGGCACUCCCAUCGCCCUCCUCCGCGCGCUCACCCCCUCCUCCGAUGGCUCCACCGCGCCGUGUCCGGCCCUGGAGAGCCUGAAGUACGAUGUGACGGUAAUAGACGAGGUGGACGCGCAGGAAAGCUUGCAGGCGAUGAUCCACUGCCUCCACGCACGGGCGGCCUGCGGGAUGCGCCCCCUAGGUGCGCUCGACAUCUGCACCAACGUGAGGGUGUUGGGGGAGCGCAGUGGUGAGGUGGAUGCCAGGUCGUUUCUCGCACAGAUGCGCGAGAUGGUGGCGGGGGAAGUCAAGUUCGAGUAUGAGGCCGUCCCAGUGACAUGA